AUGCAGGCAGAAYCUCCAGCUCCUGUCGCACCACAACAGAAAUCAAAACGCCAGAACARAGAACCAGAAGUCAUGGUCGAACCACAACCAGAUGUCAUUGAAGACUUAAACUUGUCGUCAGAGGAUGAGUGGCCCUCACUCACACCACUUGAAGCAMAGAGGCUACACAAGUCAAUGAAUGUAAGUGCGCAAGAAGUGUGGGAUGAAGAGCAAGUGACUGAUCAUCARGUGGAAYACAAUGASKAUACUGAACACCAAAUCGAACCACAGAUACAGGACAGUGAGAUUGAAGAGCAACCACAGAAUGAGGUACAGCAACAUCCACAAGAUGAUGAGCUCAUUAGACAAGGCAGACCACAAAGACACAGACAAGCACCGCAGCGGUUUACAUAUGUCAACCCAGGGAUGCCAGUCUACAUGAACCCCAUCAAUGCGUUUCGUCUACAACCAUGGAUGUACCCAUACCAAAAGUUUUACCCUCCUAUUCAUGGUCACCAAGGGAAAAUUGGUACACAAAGUAACCACCACAAUUGCGUAUAA